UUUUCUUUCACGAUAGACGUUUCGCCUUUCAAGGGAAGAUGAACAUAGACAACUCAAUAUCUCCUUUGCCACGCCCUUCUAAAGGUAUUUAGACACGCCCCUCUCAUCCCACCGGCCCUCAUCAUCACCAUGGAAACGGAUAACAAGAUCAGUCCCACCGACUUACAGCUCCGGAACCUCUCCGAGCACAUCCCUCCAGAGAAAGCCUUUGGACUAGGCCUUAGUCUUGGUCUCACCAAGACCGAUCUAUCUGGUAUCAUCCGGACCAACGAUCCCAUCGGGAACGCGUUCCGAGUACUGGUCUGCUGGCGGACCAACUUGGACCCGACGUUAAUUGGUUGGAGGAAUAAAGUCGAAGGGAGACGAACAGAACUGGUGAAGUUGAAGGCUGCCUUGAAAGAGAAUGGCCUGCAAAUAUUCAUUUCGUGCAUUGAUGCUCAUGUAACUAUUGAAGGUAAAGAGAUCAACAUGACAACACCCACUGUCAAUCUUGCACUACCGAAUCCAUCUCAUGAAGCACACAGAAGACAAGAAAUUGACAUCCUUUCUACCGUCGAAAGUGGUGACGAUAUUUUGACAGAGAAACACCGUUCCCACCUGUACCAUCUCAUAACGCACCCUGCAGACUCGGAAGAAUCCUGGUCAGUCAUCCGAGGACUCAAGUCCAUCUUUGAACCGUACGCAAGAUUGAAGAACAUCAUGGUGUAUCCCUUGCGCUUCACAGUGGACGUUGUGACACUAAAGGAUCUGAACUCUCUCUGGAAAGACAUAGGUAAUGGACAACUAGCCGAAGAUUUAUUGCCAAAGAUUAUGACCAAAGGGACCAAAGAGGGCGCUGUCCAAGCUGACCUGAGACCGAUGGCCUUGAGGCUGGAGGUAGACAAGGAGUCGUUUGCCACUGGAGUGCAAUUUUUCAAAGAUCUCGACCCCACAUUGUCCUCUCAAGACGACGGUGAUCACGGGACCUCGCAGACCUCGACUGAGGAAGACGGCUUCAAUGUAUGGACCGCUCGGAGACCAAAGACGGAUGUCGAGAUGCAAGACAGCCAAGAAAGAGGGGCCAAGCUUGUCUGGAGGAAUGUCUCCCAACACAACUUUGGAUUCUGAAGAAAAGACUUCACUU